CACGUGGCAGCGUUAGGAAAUAUGGCGGCUGAGAUUGUGGAGAAGGAGGUAACAGCGGCAGAGAAGGACUCGGGGAAGAGCGAGCCAGUAUGCCGGUUGAAUCUGGAUCUGAAGGAGUUUCUCUCGGACACUAGCGUAGCUGCAGCGUGCAAAGUCCCGUUCCUGACUGGGCAAAGAGUGAAGAAUGUUGCAUGGGUAUUGAUGAAGCUGGGAGAGGCCCUGUGCUAGGUGCGUUUCUCCCUCUCUCUGUUAGGUAUUAACCCACCUGAGAAUAUGUGUCCUCUCUCACAGGACCAAUGGUGUAUGGAACAUGUUUCUGUCCCGUCUCAAAAUCAGAGGAGGUGAAACAAACAGGAGUGGCUGACUCUAAGGUGUUGUCGGAGGAGAGAAGAGAGGAACUGUUUACUGCCAUUGACUCCUCCCCCCGCCUCCUGGGCUGGAAGGUGGAAAUCCUCUCACCCUCUCACAUCUCCAACUGCAUGCUCAGAAGGACGAAGUACAAUUUGAAUGCCCUCUCCCACGACACGGCCAUUGGUCUCAUCAGGAAGGUCCUCGCUGAUGGAGUCAACCUAACUCAGGUCUACGUGGACACAGUGGGUGACCCUGGGAAGUACCAGGCAAAACUGACGGGGCUGUUUCCGCAGCUGUCUGUCACUGUGGCGAAGAAAGCCGAUAGUCUCUACCCCAUAGUCAGUGCAGCUAGCAUCUGUGCCAAGGUUAGGAGAAUC